GGACUGGCUGCCGCCAUUCCGGCCGGUCACCGAUCUCUACCGGCGAACACAAUUCGGUACGACUUGCAAUAUUUCAUACUCCAAUUUCAUGGUUGCGCAGCAUGGAACAGAGACAUACGUCCCCACAAUCCGACAAUUGAAGGCCCGGCAUUAAAUUAGUCGAGGAAAUUUACUGCUAGUUGCAAAAUAGCAGCGAGUACACGGACACGCGUAAACCUCGUCCCUCUGGAAGUGACGACUGAGGAUCAUGAAAGCCUCGAGACUUCAUACGGCGUUGCUUCUGUUGAAAUGCCCACCCGUCAGGCGUUUCGACAUCACUGUCCUUCAAAUCUUCCGUCAGUCACAGCGGUGACACUCCAGCUCCCUUAUGCCUUUAUGGACCCUUCCAUCAGAUCACUUCAGAAGCCAGAGCGAUCGGCCUUCCGGGCCUUCGUAUUCUGACAGAGCUCCCGGGUUGAGAAGCCUUCGAAGCCUUCAUAAGAUCUUAGUCCAUCAGAGCUUCCGGCAGGAGGAGUAGUAGCGGUGGGAGAGGUGUCUGUCGGGGCUUCGCGUUCUGGCAGAAUUUCCGAAUUGAGAUUCCUGUCAGCGCGAACAUGUGUAUUCUUCAACCGUGCGCGGAUCCGCAAGAGGCAGGCGUCUGGUGGAGGGACGAUGUUUCCUGGAGGAAGUAUGGAUCUGCGCAUCAGAAGCAGAUCAGAAAAGGUCUAUCGUCUGGUGCGAAGGCUUUAGACCUUGGCAGGAUCAAGUCGUCCGUGCAUCCGAAGGGAGCACGCUACACGGUGCUCCUGAAAAGGAUGGAGCAGGUGGCCGUAAGCAGCGGGCAGAUUAGGCCCAUCAAGAUCAUCGACCGCAAGGCAGUCAAGGCAGGAAAGUCCAAGACUCCUCCACAACCGGCGCUGGCACCAUCCCCGCCGCCUCAGCAGAAGAAUCCAGUUAUAGUCCAUUACAAGGACUUGUCUGGUGUGCUAAAACAGUAUGACCAGGACAUCGCAAAAGUGUUGCUGAAGGCAAUCGCUAAUGGGCAGGGGUGGCUUGCUCGGGCGAGCUCGAGGAAAUCAACAAUCACACCGAUCAUGUUGGAAGAUACUGACAGCAUGUACUAAGGUACAUCAUGGAACAUCAAAUUCGGACUCGGAUGGGGACUCAUGGUCGGAUUCGGACUAGAACUCGGACUGGAACUGAAGGGGAUGUAUUGCCGUAUAAUGACGAGGUAGUAGCCCGAUGGAAUUAUGUGGCUCCUAGUGACAUAAUUGUAAAUCAGCAUAAUCGGAUUCCAGUCUUAUGAAGAGACCUCCCGAAUGUCGAGCAACCGAUGUUAACCCCGAUCCCCAACUGAUUCAACCCAAAACCACACUAAAACCUUUAGUGAGUGUUUAUUGACUUUUAAGUUUUUGAAAAUUAAAAGAUGAAAAAUACUUCU